UGCUUUUUAAAGCGUAUGGAAUGUAAAAAGGAAGUGAACCAUAAUUCUAGUAGAAGCCAUCUGAUGAAAAUGUUCAUCUCAUUUCUUGUCCACACAGUGUUGCAUCCUGAUUGUAUUACUUCACUCUUCUUCCUGAGAAAUGGAGAAAAUGAUCUCAUGCUUCCUUUUACUGGUUGGACUUUUCCCUAUCACAGCCAGGGAGAGACGUGUUCCAGAGACACUUUCAAGUCAAAGAAAUGAUGCACUUUUACUUGGAGAAUUUUGCAGUGACAAACGGCUUGACCUUGUGUUCAUCAUUGACAGCUCUCGCAGCGUUCGCCCGUAUGACUUUGAGAAAGUGAAGGAAUUCAUCUUAACCAUCCUUCAGUUUUUGGACAUCCGGCCAGAUGUCACUAGAGUGGGACUGAUCCAAUAUGGCAGCACAGUCAAGAAUGAAUUUUCUCUGAAGACCUUUGCAAGGAAACAGGACAUGGAGAGAGCUGUGCGAAGAAUGAUGUACCUUUCCACUGGCACCAUGACGGGAUUAGCCAUUCAGUUUGCAGUGAACAUUGCCUUUUCAGAAACUGAAGGGGCUCGGCCGCUCAGCCAGAACGUGCCCAGAGUUAUCAUGAUAGUGACCGAUGGCAGGCCCCAAGAUCCGGUUGCAGAGAUUGCCGCAAAAGCUCGAAACUCAGGAAUCCUAAUUUUUGCAAUUGGUGUGGGAAGGGUAGAUAUGAAUACACUGAAAUCCAUUGGUAGCGAACCUUACGAAGACCAUGUCUUUUUGGUUGCAAAUUUCAGCCAGAUUGAAACGUUGACAUCUGUGUUCCAGAAUAAACUUUGUGUUCAACACAUGUGCAGUGUGAUUGAACAACAUGGUUGCGAUCAUUUCUGCAUCAACACUCCUGGCUCUUAUGUGUGCAAAUGUAAACAGGGAUAUAUUUUGAACUCAGACCAGAAGACUUGCAAUACCCAGAACCUGUGUGAGGUCAAAAAGCAUGAGUGUGAACAGAUAUGUGUGAAUACACCUGGAUCAUACGUCUGCCAGUGUUAUGAUGGCUACAGGCUCCUGGAAGAUGGGAAGAACUGUCUCCUUGUGAACUACUGUGCUUUGAAUAACCAGGGCUGUCAACACGAGUGUGUCAACACUGAAGAUUCCUACUACUGUCAGUGCCGGAAAGGGUUCAUUCUCAAUCCAGAUAAAAAAACAUGUAGAAGACCAGGCUACUGUGCUUUGCAAAAUCAUGGCUGUCAGCAGGAGUGUGUCAACACAAAUGAAUCCUAUUUCUGCCGAUGCCAGCAAGGAUUUACUCUUAAUCCAGAUAAGAAAACUUGCAAAAGAAUAAAUAUCUGUGCCUUGGGAAAACAUGGCUGUGAACAUGAGUGUGUUAAUACUGAAAGCUCAUAUAUGUGCAGAUGUCGAACAGGAUACACCCUGAACCGUGAUCGAAAAACAUGCAGAAGAAUCGACCGCUGUGCUGAAUCCAACCAUGGAUGUGAACAACUGUGCCUGAAUACUAGGGAGUCCUAUGUUUGUCAGUGUUCAGAAGGAUUUGUCAUUAAUGAGGACCUCAAGACUUGUUCACGAGUGGACUAUUGUUUGCUGAGUGACCAUGGCUGUGAACAUUUGUGUGUGAACAGAGAAAGAUCCUAUACUUGCCAGUGCUUUGAAGGAUACAUGCUGCGUAGUGAUGGGAAAACAUGUAAACGUAAAGAUGUCUGCAACUCCGUAGCUCAUGGCUGUGAGCACUUGUGUGUCAAUGAUGAUUACUCCUAUAUCUGCAAGUGCCACGAAGGAUAUAUAUUAAAGGAUGAUGGGAAGACCUGCAGAAAUCAAGAUAUCUGCAAGUCCAUACAUCAUGGUUGUGAGCAUGUUUGUGUUAAUGUUGAAGAUUCAUAUACCUGCACAUGCUAUGAAGGAUUUAUAUUACGAGGUGAUGGGAAAACUUGCCGAAAUCGAGAUGUCUGCAAGUCCACUAAUCAUGGAUGUGAACACAUCUGUGUUAACACUGGAGACUCCUAUACCUGUCAAUGCCACGAGGGAUUUGUAUUACAACAAGACAGGAAAUCAUGUAGAAGAUGCACUGAAGGCCCAGUUGAUCUGGUAUUUGUGAUAGAUGGAUCAAAAAGUCUGGGAGUAAAUAAUUUUGAGAUUGUCAAGGAAUUUGUGUUGGGAAUCUUGGACUCUCUUACCAUAUCACCCAAAGCUGCAAGAAUUGGUUUGCUGCAAUAUUCCACACAGGUCCGCACAGAAUUUACACUGAAACAAUUCAGCACAGCCCAAGAUAUGAAGAAAGCAGUGUCCCAAAUGAAAUAUAUGGGGAAAGGCUCCAUGACCGGACUUGCUCUGAAGCAAAUGACUGAGAGGAGUUUUACUGAAGCAGAGGGAGCCCGGCGCUCAUCGGCCAAGGUGCCCAGGGUGUGCAUUGUGUUCACAGACGGACGGGCCCAAGACGACGUCUCCGAAUGGGCUGCUAAAGCAAAGCAACAUGGAAUCACUAUGUAUGCCAUUGGAAUAGGAAAAGCAAUUGAGGAAGAACUGAGAGAAAUUGCUUCUGACCCUCCAGAAAAACAUCUUUUCUAUGCAGAAGAUUUCAGUGCCAUGGGAGAGAUUACAGAAAAACUCCAAAAAAGAAUGUGUGAAGGUCUGAAGAAUCGCCAGUAUUUACCAGAAGAUUUGCUUCAUUUGAUGGAUUCAUAUUCCGAAGAACCUGAAGCAACUACUCUAGAAAUCACAGAUGUUCUUGCUUGUCCCAAUAUUGCAGUCCACCAUAAAUAUCUAUUUCAAGAAAAACAAAUGACAUCAACAGCAACAUCAGGAAAAUCUUCAGACGAUAAAAAAGAUGCUUGCAAAUGUGAAAAUCUUGUGACGUUCCAGAAUUUUGCAAAUGCUGAAGUUCAGAAACUAACACAACAAUUAGGAGAAAUGUCAAAAAGAAUGGAAGCCCUGGAAAAUCAAUUACGAUACCGAUGAACAUUGAUGACGAUGCUUCUCAACAGAAGUUUACAAGUGUGUUGGAAGAAAAUGUACCAAAGCUAUCCACAAAAAGUCCAGAUUCUCCCAUUAAAGGAGAAUGUAUAGCUCCAGUACUUUAACAAAGUACCAUAUUAUAUUGCGUUUUUGCAUUGUCUGGGAAUAAAAUUUGUAUGUUUUUUCAACUGAGAUAAGCUAUUCCACUUAAUAAAAUGGUGCUACAAAAGGCAUUUUAACUA